CUAACGUUCUUGGUUAUGAUAAGUUUUAAUGGUUCAUUUAUGGAUUAACCCAACUUAUUCUGUACGAAUAUACAGACAUACCUUUUGUUUGUUCAUACCUUUUCUUUAUUUUUGUGAUUACAACAAUUAAAAUCGGAUUAUUUAAAAUAAAAAAAGACAAGCCCAAUCCAGUUUCUCUUUUAAGAAUCUUCAAAACCCUAAGGCUUUGUUUGGAUUGAUGGAAUCGGAUGGAGCGGAGCGGAAUGGAAUGGAAUAAAAUGAUAUUCCGUUGUUUGGAUAAUUUAAAAACGGUGAAGACUGUGGCAUAUUGAGUGAUGAUGAAGAGGUUUUUCAAGAGGAGAAUCUCGAGUUUGAUACUGGUUUUGGCAACAUUAUAGUAGUGGAUAAUACCCCUGUUGUUACCAAAAAGAAAUUCGCGAAGCUUGAAGGUGUUAUUAGGAAGAUUUUUAAUCAGAUGAGUGUUAUUAAGGAUGAUGGGUGUUAUUAAGGAUGAUGGCUUCUGGAUGCCUGUUGAUCCUGUCACUGAAAAGACAGUUGGUUACUGCUUCAUUGAGUACAAUACUCCUCAGGAAGCUGAGCUUGCGAAAGAGAAGGCCCAGGGAUACAAGUUGGAUCGUUCUCACAUAUUUACUGUUAGUAUGUUUGAUGAUUUUGACCGGUUUAUGAGAGUGCCGGAUGAGUGGGCUCCUCCUCCAAGAAAAGAAUAUGCCCCAGGGGAAAAUCUCCAACAAUGGCUAACUGAUGCUAAGGCCCGAGAUCAGUUUGUGAUUCGUGCUAGUUCAGAUACGGAGGUUUUGUGGAAUGAUGCUAGGCAUUUAAAGCCUGAUCCUGUUUAUAAACGUGCAUUUUGGACUGAGAGUUUUGUACAAUGGUCUCCUCUGGGCACAUACUUGGCAACAGUUCACCGUCAGGGGGCAGCAGUCUGGGGAGGUGCUACAACCUUCAAUCGUCUCAUGCGUUACGCUCAUCCCCAGGUGAAGCUAAUUGAUUUUUCACCUGGCGAGAAGUAUUUGGUAACUUAUAGCAGCCAUGAACCAAGCAAUCCCCGGGAUGCUAAUAGGGUUAUAAUAAAUAUAUUUGAUGUGAGAACUGGUAAAGUGAUGAGAGAUUUUAAGGGAAGUGCUGAUGAUUUCGCUAUCGGAGGUACCGGGGGUGUCACUGGAGUGUCUUGGCCUGUUUUCAAAUGGAGUGGUGGAAGGGAAGAUAAGUACUUUGCAAGGAUGGGGAAGAAUGUACUUUCAGUAUACGAGGCAGAAACAUUUUCUCUCGUUGACAAAAAAUCCUUAAAGGUUGAAAAUAUAAUGGAUUUCAGCUGGUCACCAACUGAUCCCAUCAUUUCACUGUUUGUUCCCGAGUCAGGAGGUGGGAACCAGCCUGCCAGGGUAAGUCUUGUUUCAAUCCCCAGCAAAGAAGAACUCAGACAGAAAAACCUUUUUAGUGUCAGUGACUGCAAGAUGUACUGGCAGAGCAAUGGGGAUUACCUUGCUGUUAAUGUGGACCGAUAUACCAAGACAAAGAAAAGUACUUACACUGGCUUUGAGCUUUUCCGUAUUAAGGAACGUGACAUACCGAUUGAAGUCCUAGAGCUUGAGAAUAAGAAUGAUAAGAUCAUUGCAUUUGCUUGGGAGCCAAAGGGACAUAGAUUUGCCGUUAUUCACGGCGACAACCCUAAGCCUGACAUUAGUAUCUAUUCUAUGCGGACUGCUCAGAACACUGGUCGUGUUUCAAAGCUCACUACUCUGAAAGGAAAGCAGGCAAAUGCUUUAUUUUGGUCUCCUGCAGGCCGCUUCAUUGUAUUAGCAGGGUUGAAAGGAUUCAAACUGUAACAUAAAAGCCUUCAACAGGUUCAGGACUAGUUUCAUAUUUUGCAUUUGAGAGAUCCCAGAAGACUUCAACUUUUGAAUAUCCAUGAUGAAUAUGUUCCACUUCAACCAACUUGCAUCCUUUUUUCUUUCUGAAAAGCCUUGAGUUUGUGUUGAGUCUGAAAACUCUUGCAGCUAGUGGAUCUUCUUCUUCAUUGAAGACUAUAGUGAGUCCUUGAUUUGAGUUGCUUUUGCUCCAAGUAACUGUGAUCAGCAUGUGUUUUUUGUUGGAGAGGGUUGCUUUGUAGAUUGAUGAGACUGAGUUUUGUGUUGAAGGGGUGAGGUUUUGAGAUAUACAAGAUGAGGAAUGUGACACAUUCACUGCAUUUUCAUUGAAACAUGAAAUUAUGUUUGAGACAUUCAUUUUUAGAAGGAAAAUCAAUGAGAGGAGGGAGAGAAGACAACCUUGUUUUUUUUACAGGACUAUGUUACAAUAUUAUUUCUAUUUAACUUCACAUUCUACUGUCUCUUUCUUACUAUAUUAUAUUAAUGUCAACUUUAAUGUGCAUCAUAUGAGAAAGUAAAGAAUAGAAGAAUGAGCAAAAAGUAGGUUAAGUGUUUUUAUAAUAUGUUUUGCCAGUUAAUAUUGUGAUUUAAAUAUGCUAUGAUUUAAAAAUUGAAAAGGAAGAAAAAAUGGCUUUAUUACUGGAAAAAGUUGGCCCUCCUCAAUAUACUAUAUAUAU